CGGUACCGGCGGCUGCCCGGCUCUGCGGUUGCCGUGAGUCAGCACACGCCGUACGGGAGAGAGCCCUGAUCCAGCCCCGCUCCCGCCAGGCAGCCGGUGAGCCCAGGCCGCAGCGGGCGGUGUGGCUGGUGACACUGCUGGUGACACGGCCGGUGGCACGGCGGGACCAUGCAGGCGGAGGCCAGAGGGGAAUUCUGCAGCCGGGACCAGCGCCCUGAGCUUGGCAAGGAGCCGCUGGUCCCGGAGCGCCCUGCAGGGACCCCCACCCACGGGCCGGCCCAGGAGACCCCCCGAGUCCCCGCGGAGGAGCAGGGUGGCAUCCCCAUCCCCAGCGCCGGCCUGCUGCAGGUCACCGAGCGCCGACGUGACCCUCUGAGCAGCGUGUCUUCGCUGGAGGUGCACUUCGACCUGCUGGACCUGACCGAAUUGACGGAUAUGUCGGACCAGGAGCUGGCCGAGGUCUUCGCCGACUCCGACGAGGAGAACGUGGCCGGAGAGACGCCCGGCGGGCUGCAGCCGCCGGCGGUGCCGCGGGCCGGGUACCUGCGCUCGCCCUCCUGGACCCGCGCGGAGCAGGGCCGGGACAAGAAGCACCUGAGUGACCCUGAGCUGCCGCCGGGACCCCCGGACGCCUUCCUGCCCGCCGAGCGCCCGCGGGAGCCGUAGGGACAAAACCCGCCGCGGGACACCGGGACACCCGGUGCUGGUCCCGUCGGUACUGAUGGAGCCCGUCCCCGGGCGCAGGACUCCCGUUAGCCCGCCCGGAGGGCAGAGGCGGCCCCAGCCCCGCGGCGGGGACGUACCGGGGCUGCCCUCAGCCGGUGGCUCGCGGCCCCGGGGGGAAACCGGGCC